GUGUGUGUGUGUGUGUGUGUGUGUGUGUGUGUGAGAGAGUGAGAGACAGACAGCCCGCUGCUCCGUGACCCGUCACCGUUAACCGGCUAGAGGAGCGGCUAGCGGGUUAGCAGCUAGCAGCUAACAAGCUAACAAGCUAACAGCUAACAGCUAACAAGCUAACAGGAGAUGGAGGAGUUUCUGUCGAGCUGCCGAGCCGUGAAGGUGGAUCCGGAUCAGUCUGGUCGGAGGGUCCAUGUGGUUCUGGGUAAUGAGGCCGGUGAUGUGGACUCCAUGGUGUGUGCUCUGACCUACGCCUACUUCCUGUCCAAGACCGGACGCUCUGAGACGCUCGUUGUCCCGAUGCUGAACAUCCGUCAGUCCGACCUGCUGCUGCGCUCAGAUAACGUCUACCUGCUGCGACAGGUGGCUCUGUCUCCAGACCUGCUGCUGUUCAGAGAUCAGCUGGACCUGAGAGCGCUGCAUCGGGACGGACGGCUGCGGCUGACGCUGGUCGACCACAACGUCCUGCCCAGUUCAGAUAGCGACCUGGAGGGGGCGGUGGUGGAGGUGAUAGACCAUCACCUGCUGGAGAGGGAAUCCUCCUCCACCUGUCCUGUUACCGUAGAGACGGUGGGAUCCUGUGCUACCUUGGUAACGGAACGUAUCAUCCAGAAGGCUCCGGAGGUCCUGGACCAGCAAGUUGCCCAACUGCUCUACGCUGCGGUGGUGUUGGACUGCGUCAACAUGGCGCCCUCAGCAGGUAAAGUGACUCCUAAAGACAGUCAGUACGUUGAGGCGUUGGAGUCUCGUUUUCCCGCUCUGCCACCGAGAGGCGCUCUCUUCCAGACGCUGCAGAACGCCAAGUUUGACGUCUCAGGUCUGAACACUGAACAGAUGUUGUUGAAGGACAUGAAAGCUGUUUCUGGAAGUUUGAAUGUCGCCGUCUCUGUUCUCUACGUCACACUGGAGGACUUCCUGCAGAGGGCGGGGCUGGAGGCGGAGCUCUCAGGUUUCUGUCUGAAAUUUGGAUUCGACCUCCUGCUGCUGAUGACCAUCUCCUUCAGCGAGAGCAAAGAGCCAAUCAGAGAGCUCGCUGUGUUCAGCCACAGCACCACCUGCAGGCAACAGGUGAGCCUCUACUUGGAACAGGCCCGUGACCCCGCCCUCAAUCUCUGUCCAAUCAGCAGCCCUCGUCCUCACAUCACAGCCUAUCAGCAAGGAAACUCUCUGGCGUCCCGUAAGAAGGUCCUCCCCAUCGUUAAGGACUUCCUGAAGGAGCGGGACGGAGACGGUCGCCUGGGCGACGGUCGCCUUGGAGACAUGGAGGAGGAGGACGAGGAGUCCCGGUAUCCUCCGACCCCGAUGAACAGUCUGGUGGAGGGCUGUCCUCUGGACGGCGGCCUGCCGCACAUCAGCGCUCAGGACCUGGAGGAGAAGUUCAGUAAAAUGGCUGACAGAAGAGGGAACUGACCUCUGACCUCUGACCUUUCACGUGUCAAUCAUCAGAACGUCUGUCUGUCUGUCAGAAGAUAAAGGUACUACAGACACAGACGAAUGGUUAAGAAUUAAGAACUGUCUUUACUCAAAAACUUGGUUUUAUUCUGAAAAAUCAUCUGGACUCACUGACUCAGAGGAGCAGCUUUCAGUCCUUCAAAAUAAAAUGUCACAUACUUGUUGGUUUUACACAGAACUCGUUGUAACAGAAAUGUUUGACUGAAGCGUGUUUUCAGUGUUAAAGUGACAAAGUGACGUCUGUGUGUUAAACUUCAUGUUGCUGCAGACUCUGUCACGUCCACAUGGGGGCGCCAACGCUUCACUUUUAGAUUUACAGCUGCAGAUAAUUAUUAAUAUCAUUAUUUUCAUUAUUGAUUAUCUGUUCAUUCACUUCUAUAAAUUUCUCAGAAAACUGAAAAAUGCCCAAAACUCAAAGAUUUUAAACACAGAUAUAAUUCAUUAAUUCAUUAAUUAAUUUAAUUUAGAUGUAAUAAAAACUGUUAAUCCUCCAACAAUCAAAAUAGUAUAGUACUUAUUGAUUAUUUGGCUCUUUGAGACCUGAUGAAAUAUAGAAGUUUAAUAUUUUGGUCAAAGCAGCUCAGGAUGAAAAUAUAAACUCAUCUUUAUUUGAAUGUCAGCUUUGUCAGUGAAUCUGUUACUCCGUAAAAAUAUGAAUCAUAUUGACAAUCGUAUGAGCAGACUGAAGUCUGGUCUCUGAGUGAAGCUUCGAUGAGAAUCAGAAGUCAGAAGGAUUUUUACACUAAAACAGUUCACUUUGAACCAAAAACACAAACUGUGGAUUCAAAAUAAAAAUCAAAGCAAAUGAAAAGAUUCUUCUUCUGCACGUUAUUGUUUGUAUGAAAUGAGACGUCUGUGACGUCGUCCACACCUGGUCUGAUAAUGUGAUCUGGAUCUCUGAUCUGGAUCACAUGUUGAGGAGAAACAUCGCUGUUAACGCUCUGUUGCACCUUUAGCCACACCCAGCUGUGAUGUCAUGGGUCAUCUCACUAGAGGUUUCACCUUGACGUCUCUCUAGUUAGGAUCCAACACCUGAGUCACAGGUGUUAUUCUGUGGGGUGACUAGAAGUGCAUCCACUCCUUUCAGCCAAUCAGAGUCCACUAUUCUCAGUGGGCGUGGUCUAAAUAAAGGUUAAAGGGCGGAGCUCCGACGAGAUGAAAUUCUGUCUGUUAAAAUAAAAGUCACACCUGAACCUGUUUGUGGUCAUGUGAUCGUUUUUGACAAACACUUCCUGUUUGUUUCACAAGUGUUUCAGUGAAGAGACUCUGAACCACUGGAGGGAUUUUAUUGU